AUGGCACAACAAAAUAUUGAAGUUCCUCAGCUGCCCAUUCCUGGCGAAGAUAAUUCCAACAGGGUACCAGAGCAAGUAGUAAUUGGACAUCCUGCUGCUGGCGUUCCUCCUAUUCCUCAGCAGAAAUCCGGUAUGGAUUUAUAUUUCGAUCAAGCAUUGGAUUAUAUGGGAGAUCAUCCAGUGCUCACCGGUGUAGGUGGGUUCUUUGCGUUGUAUUUUGCUGCCGGAGCUUAUAAGUCUGUGUCUAAGAGACUUGGAGGAUCCUCUCAAGGUGUGAAAUAUUUGAAAGGUGGGUUUGAUCCAAAAAUGAACGCUAAGGAAGCACUAGCGAUUUUAAAUUUGAAUGAGACCAAUUUGAGUAAGAAGAAAUUGAAGGAAGUUCAUAGAAGAAUCAUGCUGGCAAACCAUCCGGACAAAGGUGGUUCUCCUUAUCUGGCCACUAAGAUUAAUGAAGCAAAAGAUUUCUUGGAGAAGAAAGUGGUAAGAAAGUGA